CCGUGUUGUUGUAAAAGUGUCGGUGCUGGUAGCAAGUGAGUGUCUCAUGAACGGCUGUCAAUAAAGCGUGCGUUAACUGCAAGUCGGAGUCGGAGGUGCUGCACCUGAACAGAACAAAUGUCUUUUUUGGAGGAUUUUGUUGUCUCCUUUUGCUUCAGUCCCACAGCUCUGUUGGGGGCUGCUGCUCUGCUGCUCGUCUUCCAUCUCGUCUCCAAUAAAUUCACCUCCCAGGAGUCCAGGAAGGUGCCUCCAGGUCCGAGGCCUCUCCCCCUGCUUGGCAACCUGUUGCAGCUUGAUCUCAAGAAGCUCCACGUUUCCCUGUGGGAGCUUUCAAAGAAACAUGGUUCUGUAUUUACGGUCUACUUUGGAACCAAUAAAGUGGUGGUCCUGGCUGGCUACAAGACCGUCAAAGAGGCUCUGGUCAGCUAUGCAGACGAGUUUGGAGACCGAGACAUCGCCCCCAUCUUUUCUGAGUUGAAUCACGGUCAUGGAAUUCUGAUUGCAAAUGGAGAAUCGUGGAAAGAGAUGCGACGUUUUGCCCUCAGCAGCCUCAGAGACUUUGGAAUGGGCAAAAGACUCUCCGAGUAUAAAAUCUUGGAGGAAUGCCACUAUCUGAGCCAAGUGUUUGAUAAAUACGAAGGGAAACCAUUUGAUACAGCGAGCCCCGUAAAUAAUGCAACCUCCAACAUCAUCUCCGCUAUUGUGUACGGCAGCAGGUUUGAAUACAGUGACCCCCGAUUCAACAACAUGGUGAGAAGAGCCAACGGAAGCAUCCGCCUGUUGGGAUCGGCAUCGGUCCAGCUUUACAACAUGUUUCCCAGGCUGGUUAGUUGGAUUAAAAACCGGCAGCUGUUGAUAAAAAAUUACGCGGCGGCUGUCGGAGAUGUCAAAGAAUUAAUCAUGCAUCUGAAAGAGACGCUGAACCCUGACCUCCGCAGGGGGCUCGUCGACUGUUUUCUGAUCCGGAAGCAGAAGGAGGAGGAGGCGUGCGUUCAGGACUCUCACUACAAUGAGAUGAACUUGAUAUUCACAGUGACCAACCUGUUUUCAGCUGGGACCGAUACCACAGCGUCUACGCUGAGAUGGGGGUUGCUUCUUAUGGCUAAAUAUCCACAUAUACAAGACCAGGUCCAGGAGGAGCUGAGCAGGGUGGUAGGAAGCCGUGAGGUCCAGGUAGAGGACCGGAAGAACAUGCCGUACACCGACGCUGUAAUCCACGAGACACAGAGACUGGCCAACAUUGUCCCCAUGGCCAUUCCUCACAAAACCAGCCGAGACGUCACCUUCCAGGGCUUCUUCAUCGAAGAGGGGACUACUGUGUUUCCUCUUCUUACUUCUGUCCUGCACGAUGAGAGCGAAUGGGAGAGCCCGAACUCUUUUAAUCCCUCCCACUUCCUUGAUAGGGAGGGCACAUUUAUCAGGAGAGAUGCCUUCAUGCCCUUUUCUGCAGGUCGCAGGGCGUGUCUCGGAGAGAGUCUGGCCAGGAUGGAGCUGUUCCUCUUCUUCACCUCCCUCCUCCAGCGCUUUCGUUUCACUCCUCCACCUGGAGUUAAAGAGGAGGAGCUGGAUCUGACUCCAGCUGUGGGCUUCAUCCUCAGCCCUUCACCUCAUGAGCUGUGUGCUGUCAGUCGCCAAUGAGAGAGAGAGCUGAAGCACGGCAUUAUAAUCCAACUCAAUGUGCCCAUGACAUUAAUAUUGUUUCACUCCCCUUCAGAAGCAGCAGAACAUACUGAGCAGGCAGAAAAGUGCAUUUAUGUUGUGUAAAUAUACAACAAUCUGACUCUAAAUAAGUGCACAUACAUCUAAAUUUCUACUGAUUGUUGAUUUGUCAAAAUUACAAAAAUAAGACACGACUACAUUAGCCGAUAUAUUCCUGCUUCCAGGUCAGUGUUGAUUAUUUUGGCAAAAUAAUGCAGUUGGUUUUGUAGAUGGAAAUGUGUCAAUAGUUCUACUUUCUCAUAUUGCAUAACAUUGCAGAAAUCACAUGUAAUUUGCCCACUAUACAUAAAUUAAGACUUGGAAAUACUCUAAAUGAAAAAUACAUUAAAACUGCUUUUAAACUAUGAUUUGGUCCGUUGAUGCUUCAUGGCUAACUUUUAUUUAGCACAUGGUUCCUUUGUACAGGCUGCAGUUUAAUCCCAACAGGUUGGAGAUCAGCAACUCGGUUUAUUUGGUCAAAUAGGGGAACUCCAACUCUGUGUGGUAGAAUAUAUAUUUAAACAGGUCGGGCUCAUGGACAGAAACACUGAUCUGCUCAGCCCCACCCUAGGGAGGAGGAGCGUGGCGCAGGCCUUGUUAAAGGGGGCGGGGACUUCGCUGCAGAAACUUCAGUUUCUGACACUAGACAAAGUGUUUUUUCUUUUCUUAAAGGGCUGCGAUCCAGGUGACGAUAUGAUUACGUUGGUAGAUCUUUUCCAGUCCUCCACUUCAGUAUGCCUGUUGGUGGCCAUCGUGUGCCUUCUGGUCUUCCAUCGUUUUCACUCCAGCUUUAGCUCCCGACUCCAGAAGAGGGCACCUCCUGGACCUAAACCUCUUCCCCUGCUUGGCAACUUGCUUCAGGUGGAUCUCCACAGACUGGACAGCUGUCUUCUUCACCUGUCCAAAAUAUAUGGACCCGUGUUCACCGUCUACUUAGGACAGAAGAAGACGGUGGUCCUGGCAGGAUACAGGACGGUCAAACGGGCUCUAGUCAACCAUGCGGAGGAGUUUGGGGGCAGAGAGGUCACUCCCAUAUUCUAUGAUUGCAACAAAGGACACGGCAUACUAUUUUCCAAUGGUGACUCGUGGAAAGAAAUGAGGCGUUUUGCUCUAACUACACUCAGAGAUUUUGGAAUGGGCAACAAGGUUAGUGAAGGGAAAAUCAUAGAGGAAUGUCACUACCUGAUGGAAGAGUUUGAACAGCGUGAAGGUAACAGUCCCACCUCUAAAACACCUCCCUUGGGUCUAUACAGCACUAAUACGUUACACUGACUAUCUAACUCUGUACUUUCCCAGGUAAACCCUUCAACAACGCUCUGACAAUUCAUUAUGCAGCUUCAAAUGUUAUAUCAGCAAUCAUGUUUGGAAAGAGGUUUGAAUACAAAGACCCUGUCUUCCAAGCUAUGGUGGAAAGAGACAACGAGUCCAUCCGACUGAUUGGAACAGCCUCCAUCCUGAUAUACAACGUGUUUCCUUGGCUGGGCCCUCGUCUUAAAAACUGGAGGGUAUUGAUGAAAAAUGUGGAAGCCAACAAGGAGGAACUCAAGAGAAUAAUAGUGGACCUGAAGGAAACUCUGAACCCUGAGAUGUGCAGAUGCUUUGUUGAUGCAUUCCUGACUCGUAAACUAAAUCUGGAGGAGUCUGAAAUACAGGAUUCACACUAUCAUGAUGACAACCUGAUCUACAGUGUGACGAAUCUGUUUGCAGCUGGGACUGAUACAACAGGAAAUACACUUAAGUGGGGUUUACUGUUCAUGGCCAAGUACCCUCAUUUUCAAGACCAGGUCCAGGAGGAGCUGAGCAGGGUGGUAGGAAGCCGUGAGGUCAGAGUAGAAGACCGGAAGAACAUGCCGUACACCGACGCUGUAAUCCACGAGACACAGAGACUGGCCAACAUUGUCCCCAUGGCCAUUCCUCACAAAACCAGCCGAGACGUCACCUUCCAGGGCUUCUUCAUCGAAGAGGGGACUACUGUGUUUCCUCUUCUUACUUCUGUCCUGCACGAUGAGAGCGAAUGGGAGAGCCCGAACUCUUUUAAUCCCUCCCACUUCCUGGAUAGGGAGGGCACAUUUAUCAGGAGAGAUGCCUUCAUGCCCUUUUCUGCAGGUCGCAGGGCGUGUCUCGGAGAGAGUCUGGCCAGGAUGGAGCUGUUCCUCUUCUUCACCUCCCUCCUCCAGCGCUUUCGUUUCACUCCUCCACCUGGAGUUAAAGAGGAGGAGCUGGAUCUGACUCCAGCUGUGGGCUUCAUCCUCAGCCCUUCACCUCAUGAGCUGUGUGCUGUCAGUCGCCAAUGAGAGAGAGAGCUGAAGCACGGCAUUAUAAUCCAACUCAAUGUGCCCAUGACAUUAAUAUUGUUUCACUCCCCUCAGAAGCAGCAGAACAUACUGAAAAGCUACUAUUUGUGUUAAUAUACAACAGUUUGAUCACCUCUCGCCUUUAUUAACCUCCUCAUAUGCGUUUUGAGGCCUCGGCGUCCUCUCAAUUUCUCCUUGUUAGUACUUUAGAGGUGACAAACCUUUGCUCGCCCAAUUUUAAAUACAAAUCAGUUCCUUAUUCUGUGUCAGCUAUGUCUCCAUUUGUUUUUUAUUUUACUGUACAGUUUUUGUGAAAAUUAAAAGGCAAAGUUGGCUCAAAUGAAAAGAUGAUAUUCUUAAUUUCCCAAUAUCUGAACUGUUAUUAAAACAUAUAUUUAAAAGAUU